AAGUCUAAUGCCGCUAGAUUUCCUGUUUUAGCUUUAAUAGCUAGGAAAUAUUUGGGAAUUCCGGCUUCCUUAGCCACUAGCGAGAGAUUCUUUUCUCAGGGCGCUCUUAUUAUAUCUAAAUUACGCAAUAGACUUAAUAAGAGUACCUUUGAGCUAAUAUCUUGCUUAAAAAGCUGGGGGCUAUUUACAGAUGAAUUAGAAGAGAUUAAAAAGGAAGAGUAA